AUGGAUCCCGCCUCUCGCCCGCCGCCUCUCGCCCGCCGCCUCUCGCCCGCCGCCUCUCGCCCGCCGCCUCUCGCCCGCCGCCUCUCGCCCGCCCGCUUCUCGCCCGCCGCCUCUCGCCCGCCGCCUCUUGCCCGCCGCCUCUUGCCCGCCGCCUCUUGCCCGCCGCCUCUUGCCCGCCGCCUCUUGCCCGCCGCCUCUUGCCCGCCGCCUCUUGCCCGCCGCCUCUCGCCCGCCGCCUCUCGCCCGCCGCCUCUCGCCCGCCGCCUCUGCCCGCCGCCUCUUGCCCGCCGCCUCUUGCCCGCCGCCUCUUGCCCGCCGCCUCUUGCCCGCCGCCUCUUGCCCGCCGCCUCUUGCCCGCCGCCUCUUGCCCGCCGCCUCUUGCCCGCCGCCUCUUGCACGCCGCUUCUCCCCCGCCGCCUCUCGCCCGCCGCCUCUUGCCCGCCGCCUCUUGCCCGCCGCCUCUUGCCCGCCGCCUCUUGCCCGCCGCCUCUUGCCCGCCGCCUCUUGCCCGCCGCCUCUUGCCCGCCGCCUCUGGCCCGCCGCCUCUUGCCCGCCGCCUCUUGCCCGCCGCCUCUUGCCCGCCGCCUCUUGCCCGCCGCCUCUUGCCCGCCGCCUCUUGCCCGCCGCCUCUUGCCCGCCUCUCGCCCGUUCAUCAAUCCAGUGAGACGGUUUACACUGGACUAG